CGGCGGUGGUCAUGUGCUCCGCUCGAUGCGCUCGGCGCUCUGGCGCCGCUCGGUGUUCGGUUGCACCCGGUGGGGAGCGAGUGACGGGAGGGACCUGGUCCCGGCCCGUUCCCUCGCCGCCGCCAUGUCCACCGCUAUGAAUUUCAGCAGCAAAAGCUUCAAGCCGCGGCCGCCGGACAAGGGCGCCUUCCCGCUGGAUCAUUUCGGGGAGUGCAGCGCCUUCAAGGAGCGGUUCAUGGAGUGCCUCCGCGACAGCGGCUACGAGAGCGGUGCCUGCCGACAGCGCGCCAUGGCCUACCUGGAGUGCCGUAUGGAGAGGCAACUUAUGGCUAAUGAACCACUGGAAAAACUGGGAUUUAAAGACCUGAUAGAUGAGAAAUCAGAAGAAAAACAUGAAAAGUUAUGAUGAAGAUGGACAGCUUUACUCCUCGUGUAUGGAAGGCAUAACUCUUAACGUAGUACAUAUUGUACGUUCUGUUCAUAUUGCAAUAGGAAGCGUUUCCUGAAGGAACCUUUUUCAGGGUCUAAUUUUCCUCAAAUAAGAUUAUUUUUUAAAAAUAUGAGCAAAAGUACUGCCUUUGUCUGCUUUCUUCAGGUAUUUUUUCUCCCUUUUACUUUCUCUAGCCUACUUUUAAAGAUCCAUAAGAACCUGGAGAACACAGCUAUUGCCUGAAGUGUUCUCCAUGUCUCUAAGAAUGGUGAACUCUUUAAAAAGACAAAACAAACCCCUUUAUUGUGUAGAUGUCGAACUACAGAUUAAUCUUACAUGGACAUUACUAAUGUGCUCACAGCAGUUACUUUUCAGGUGGAAAUAAAACUGUUGUGCUUGCGAAUUGCUUUUUAUUAUAUACUGCUAUUUAUCACCACCUUUGGGGUGAUUCCAUCUCACCCUGCUAUAGUGUUCUUGGGUACUGGGGUGAGGGGUUUUCUUUCAGUCUCUUAACCUUUAUUGUUGUUUGGAGACUAUUUCUAGUUCCAGACACCAUUCUGCUUUUAUUUGCCAAGCCAGCAGUAACUAACUUCACCUGACUUCAUUUAGCUGAAAUCUUUCAUGAUGAAUAUAUUUGUUUCUUUGAGUA